AUGUCUGCGGAUUUAGACAACUUUCUGGGCUUGACCACUAGCCCGAUAAGAAAUUCGUUGCCCCUUAUCUCAGAACGACUUGAAAAGUAUAGAAGGCUAGUCCUUUCCUUGGAAGCGUAUAUUCACGAUCAUCUGAGUAUCGUCACCACAAGCAUUAAGUCACACGAGAGGUUACGGAAAAGUACUUCUAUCGACUCGGUAGUUAGGUUUGAAAGUGAUCCGGAGGGUUCCGCGCCAGUGAUUGAGGCAUCGAAGAAUGAGCGCACAGAGUCUAACGACGACAUAAACUCUUUUUUUCGCCUUUUGCAAGAUCAGACGGAAUCACUGAUCAAGCAAAUGGGUCUUGCAGAGACCACCAUGAGAAGCCAAGUUAUUCCACAAUUGAAGGGGCUUCAAUCAUCGAUAAGUUCAAAGCAAAAAGAGUUCAGUCAUUUGUGUCACAAGCAUGAAAAGGAAUACAAGCUGGCAUUACAACAAACCACGAAAGAACUGGAACACUUUGAAUUAUCUAUCACGAAGUCCGAAAUGUUACCAGAAAAUGCAAAACUGGAUUUUCGCCAUGACCCUUACUUCAACAAGAAAGUACUCCUGUCUCAGGCAGACACACAGCUUCAAUCGGAGCAGAAGUAUUCAAAUUUUAUACGAAAAAGCGAAGCUGACUUGAAAUUAGUCGAAAUACAAACUACUCAAGAGCUGAAGCAAAUUUUCGAGCUAUUCUCAUCAUCUCUGAUCCACCUUCACGGAGACUACUGUAACACUUUUCAAACGUUAAAUACACACUUUCAAAGUAUUCCAGAUGAUCUUGAAUGGUCACGAUUUCUCAAAGUAUAUGAUAUGAAAUUAUCUUCAGUACACGAGGAUUUGCAUGACUCAUCUUCUGCUUCUUCAAAUCGGAACCACAUCCCCGAACGGCAGGCCAGAAAUCUCGAAACUGUGACAUUUCCUAACAGACACCAUUUUUCAACAAUUCCAAUAUUGGAAGGAGUUCUGUCGAGAAAGGACGGAAAACUCAGCUCUAAAAUGUCAUCAUAUUACUACGCUAUCACCAAGAAUCGAUUUUUUUUCGAGUUUGAUUCUAGGCUCUGUUCCAAUACGCAGCCAAAUCAUGUAUUCUUCCUACCUGAAUGCACUCUCAAAGAUUUAGUUGACUCCGGCCCCUACCGAUUUAAACUUCGUGGCAAAGAUCUGUCAUCAGCCUUCAUCAAGAGCUCCAAAACAUUGGUGUUGGAGGCAUCCUCCGAAGAUGAAUUGAAGACUUGGUACAAUGUCCUGAGCGAGCUAACAGGUUUGAUGUAUUCAAGCCAGGAAUAUCGAGAUUCGGAGUAG